AUGGAUGAUAAAUACAUAGGACUUGUGUUGGCUAUGUCGUCUUCACUAGCUAUUGGAACCUCAUUUAUAAUUACCAAAAAGGGUCUAAUAGACGCGGCCGCUCGCAAAAAACAAGGCAGUAGCAGCGGCACGGUACAAGCCUCGGACUAUUUGCAGAAUCCGAUAUGGUGGGGAGGCAUGAUCACGAUGGCGAUUGGAGAGAUUGCGAAUUUUGCAGCUUAUACUUUUGCACCGGCGAUUUUGGUUACUCCCUUGGGUGCAUUAUCGGUUAUUAUUGGAGCUGUUUUGGCAGCCAUUUUCUUAAAGGAAGAAUUGGGCGUCUUGGGUAAAAUGGGUUGUGCAAUUUGUCUAAUGGGCUCUGUGAUUAUUAUUCUACAUGCCCCACCAGAUAAGGAAGUUGAAACAGUUGACGAAAUCUUGGGGUAUGCCACUAAACCGGGCUUUUUAUUUUACUGCUCUGCAGUUGGUCUCUACUCUGUAUUUAUGAUUUACAAGAUUGUUCCUAAAUUUGGAAACACCAACCCCAUGAUUUAUUUGUCAAUAUGUUCUUCGGUAGGAUCCAUUUCGGUUAUGGCUAUCAAGGCUUUUGGGAUUGCUUUGAAAUUGACUUUGGGGGGUAAUAACCAAUUUACCCAUGUUUCCACAUAUUUAUUUUUAAUUGUUGUUGCAGUGUGUAUUGUGACUCAAAUGAACUAUUUUAAUAAAGCGUUGGAUCAAUUUGACACUUCAAUUGUGAACCCGUUAUAUUACGUUACCUUCACUACAUUCACCUUGGCAGCAUCGUUCAUUUUAUUUAGAGGCUUCAAUACUUCCUCCGCAGUUAACAUUAUCUCGUUAUUAAUUGGAUUUUUGAUCAUUUUCAGCGGGGUUUACCUAUUGAACAUUUCGAGAGAAGAAAGUGAUGGCAGAGAUCGUGAAAUAUUUGGAUUACACAGUUCAAAAGACAUGGCUCCUUUGGAUAAUGGAGUUGGCGGGUUUUCUACUGUUAGAAGGUCGAUGCAAGUAGACAGAUCGUUUGACUUUGACCGUGAGGAAGUGGUUGGAUUAAGAAGAAUCGACAGUUUUGAAUUAGGGAGUGAUGAUGGAGAUUCAAGAGAUUAUAGACAAUAG